AUGCGCUUCAACAACGUAGCUGGACUUGCCUUGGGCCUCGCUAUCCCCACUGGCGCCCUUUCUAUUCCUCGGGAUGCAGCUCCUGAGCCUGCUGGCAAGGUCGUCGCUGGCAAGAUCGUCGCGCAGUUGUUCUGCGACAUUGUCGGGGGUCUUGUCACCGUAGCAAAGCAGCAGCCCCAAGCCACAAGCUUUUGUUCUUCCUACCUCAAGAUCCCCGUUGUUACGAAGACUUCCACGGUGACUUCCUUCACUGCGACCAUUACCGCAACGGCCACAAUUACGUCGGGGUCAAUUACGACCACCGAUGCAACCAACACGAUUACGGCGACUAACACAGCCACUGUGACGGCUUCCGCCACGAUUACCGAAACGACAACAACAACAGAAACCAUCAACACUGUCGCAUACUCUUCAAUCACUGCAUGCGCAUCCCCGGGCGCUAUACAGAAGCGGGGCGCCUAUGUCCCCCCGAAGAAGCCUUCAUGCUUUAACAACUACAUCGAAGGCCAGGCCCUUUCUUCAGCAUGCAAAUGUCUGUCUGUGCCUACCUCUAGCACAACUACAACAACGACCUUGAGCCUGCCCACCACCAUCACGACUUCAGUUACAGUACCUCUGACCAUCCUCGCAACCGCAACCAAUACCGAUACCGCAACCGUCACAAACACCAUCACAAACACAGCAACCGAGACCUCCACCGUCACGGAGCGGACAACCAUCAUUACAGGAACAUCGCAAGUCAUCGCCAUCCCCACCUUCACAGUCUACGCCAUCGGCGGCGACAACAGCGGAAACCCCAUUGGGUAUGCGGGCGGCAACACCGUAGGCAAUUCGCGCGGCCUGAGCCCCGUCCUCCAAUUCACCACAGUCGACAACAACAAGCUACAAGUGCUCAACGGGCCGGAUGCUGGCUCCAUCGGCAAAACAGAUCCCAACGCUGGGGCAAGUGAAGCUUAUGUUUACUUUGGUAACACGGCUAGUGGACUACAGGAUACAGUCUGCGAGGUUACGUAUAAUAGUGCUGAUGGGACUUGCCCGCUGUCUUGCCAGGCUGCGAGGGGUACGACGAGUUAUGAUUGUGGCGUUUAUUGGAGGAUUGCUAGUGAUGCUGAUGCGAGUGGUUGUUACAAGUUUACUCCUUAUGCUGUUGGUGGACCCUAA